CCCCCUUCCACAGGCGCGCGCCGUGCACGAGGCGACCGGCCUGGCGGCGAUUGCGGAGUCGACGAUGGUGUACGUCGAGGCGACCGCUCAGAAGCCGGCGCCAUGGCCGAGGCGAGUGGGGCGGCGGGGUGGUGCGGUGCUGCGGCCCACCCCGGUGCUGCUGCUGCUGCGGUAGGCGUCGGAGCGCGUCUUCGUCGAGUCGGACGAGAGCUGCAUCGAGGCGCUCAUCGGGAGGGCGCGGCCGGUGUCGGAGGAGGGGCGCGAGGUUGUGUUUGUGACCGAGACGGCAUUCGUCUCUGACGAGCUCGCGCUGCACGGCUACGGAGAGCUCCGGAUGCCUGUCGCCUUUGCAGCGCAGGAGCACGCCACGAUCGCACAGACCUCCGCGCACAACGCGCUCUUCGUCAAGGUCAGCGAGGCGCUCGGACUCGAGUUCGUCGGCAACGCCGCCUUCGACGAGUUUUACGAGAUGCAGGUGCAGGAGCGGCACGGCACCCGCCGCAAGAAGACGGCGGGGCAGACGCUGCUCAAGGAGCGGCUGCUGCGAGAGGCGACCGUCCUCGACGCGGACAUCCUCAAGGUGUCCAGCUUCGUCAACCACAUGGUCGACGUCGAGAUGAUGGAGGCGUGCGGCGAGGAGCUCGCCGAGCGGCUCGAGAAGCAGCAGCCGACUAAGGUCCUCACCGUCGAGGCGACGGGCCUGCUGCCCGCCAUGUUCGUCGCAAAGGCGCUCUCGUUGCCGUGCGUCUUUGCGCGCAAGCAGCGCCAGAUCUCGAUCUCAGACUCGUACCAGACGUCGUACAAGUCGACCGUCGCUUCGACGCCGCAGGACCUGUACGUCUCGACAGAGUACCUCAACCCGUCCGACCGCGUGCUCAUCAUCGACGACUUCCUCGCCGGCGGCCGCACCGCCGACGCGCUCGUGCGGCUGUGCAAGAUGGCGAACGCAAACGUGGUCGGCGGCGGCUUCCUGAUAGAGAAGGCGGCCGACGCGGGCCGCGCCUUCCUCUCCGGGUACCAGAUCCCGCUCGAGUCGAUCGCGCUGGUCGAGGUCAAGGACGGCACCAUCCACGUCAUCGAGCAGGACAGCCGCGAGGCGCCGGCGCAGCUGCAGUCCGAGGUGGCCGCCGUCGCGAGAAACUUUGACGACUCGCCCCCCGACGACGACGACGACGGUCUCGUCCGUCUCAGUGUCUGA